AAACUGAAGUGACGUUUUCUCCGUUCGCCGACCUUCCGCCUUGCACAUGUGUUUACUGAAAAUGUGGAUAACUGAGCUAAAGAAGUAAUAAUAGUAUUGUUGUGAACACGCUGUCUGUGCGCCGGGUGAAUCAUGGGGAAGCUGAAUGUCGUGGUGUUGAGAUACUUGUCUCGAGAUGAUUUCCGAGUCCUCACAGCGGUUGAAAUGGGGAUGAAGAACCAUGAGAUUGUUCCAGUGAGUCUCCUGUCCUCCAUCGCUAGCCUCAAACACGGCGGCUGCAACAAGAUCCUCAGAGAGCUCGUCAGACACAAACUGGUGGUCUACGAACGCUCAAAGGCCGUGCAGGGCUACAGGUUGAACUACGGAGGAUAUGACUACCUGGCUUUGAAAACCUUGUGCUCCAGAGAAGUGAUCAUAUCAGUUGGCAACCAGAUGGGUGUGGGUAAAGAGUCAGAUAUAUAUAUUGUGGCGAGUCCGAACGGGGAGCAGUACGCUCUAAAGCUUCACAGAUUGGGUCGCACCUCCUUCAGGAACCUGAAGAACAAGAGAGAUUACCACAAACACAGGAAGAACAUGUCCUGGCUCUACCUCUCUCGCCUUUCUGCCAUGAAGGAGUUUGCCUACAUGAAGGCAUUGUACGAUCGGGGUUUUCCUGUUCCCAAACCUGUGGACUAUAACAGACAUGCCGUAGUGAUGGAGCUCAUCAAUGGAUAUCCACUGUGUCAGGUGCAUGAGCUGAAGGAUCCAUCAGCCCUGUACAGCGAGUUCAUGGAGCUCAUAGUCAAACUGGCCAACAAUGGCUUGAUCCAUGGAGAUUUUAACGAGUUCAACCUUAUGUUGGAUGACCAGGACCACAUUACUAUGAUUGACUUCCCUCAAAUGGUGUCCACCUCACAUCUUAAUGCUGAAUGGUAUUUUGACAGAGAUGUCAAAUGUAUCAGAGAUUUCUUCGCAAAACGAUACAAUUAUGAGAGCGAGCUCUUCCCAACCUUCAAAGACAUCAAACGGACUCGUUCUCUAGAUGUUGACGUCUCAGCUAGCGGCUUCACCAAAGAUCUGGAGAGAGAUGGUGCAUUGCUACACCCAGCUGGACCUGAGGGAGAGGAAGAUAGUGAGGAGGAAGGCGAUGACGAAGAUGCAUCAGACGAGGAAACAGAAAAAGAAGAAGAGAGUGUGGACAUGGAGGAAUAUAAGCAUGCGAUGCUGGAACUGGAAGGUCUGAAAGUCAGCGACACAGAAGCAGAUUUACCAACCGACGACAACAAGGGUGAAAAAGGGGAAGAACAAAAAGAGACUGAGACAGCUCAGACUGCUAGAAGUGAUGAAGAGACAGAGAAGGACUUGGAGGAAGAGUUGAAUGAGGCAGAGGAAGAGUUGAAUGAGGCGAAGGAAGAGUUGAAUGAGGCAGAGGAUGAGUGUCCAGAGCUGGCAGACCUUUCUACAUCCAACAAAGAUUUCAAACCCUUCAGAGACUCAGACAGUCUUCUACACAUGGCAGAACACUGUAGGAGGAGGACAGACAGUGAGGCCACAAUGGGUAGCAUAGGGAGCUGCUCUACCAUACCACCAGAGGAAGUCCGUCAGAAGGUGCGGAGGCAGCUCACCAAACAGCAGAAGGCAGCACAGAGGAGACGUCUGCAGAAGGGAGAGGCCAACUUGGUGACCAAAUCCAGGAGAGAGAACCAAAGUAACAUCAAGUCUAGUAUGGAGAGCGCCUCCUUCUGGGGAUAAAUGGGACUCUGUUCCUUUGUCUGGAGGUUGGAAAACAUAGUUGAUGGGAAAACUCAGAAAACAGUGCGACAACUCAACUGUUCUGUCAUGCAAAACCUUCUUUUAUAUUUGAACUGCUUUGAACUGUCAUGUUCAACAUACAGUCUAUUGUAAAUAUCGACUAUUCAUAAUGAAGCCCUGUAAUUGAUAAUUAAACCAUUUAAACAU